GUCUAGUUACGUAUUGCGUCACAUAUAAUAUCUCAAAUCCCGCAGGCAAAGGGUCAAACACGCAUAUAAACAUAAUAAUCUUUAUCUCAACUAUAAUCAUUAAUCCAGAUGGGGAAAUUUGAUACCUUGCUUCACAUCGGCUCUAUCACUGGCGAGGCGGCUACUGAGAAUCACUCCGUCUGCCCUUCUCUUAGCUUUAAAACACGGAUUAUUGGAUUCAUCAUCUGCCUGCUUACCUCUAUUGUGCUCUCUAUUUUUGGCGUUGUUGCGAUUUUUGUCGGAGAUUUCGUACUUUUUGGCAUAUUUUAUACACUCAGUAAUGUUUGUAGUAUCGGAGGCACCUUAUUCCUCGCCGGGCCGAUGUAUCAACUUAAGAACAUGUUCAACGAAUACCGAUGGAUAGCCAGUAUUGUGUAUUUGCUGUCUAUGCUACUCACAUUGAUAGCGGCACUUUCAACAAAGAGCGGAUUUCUGGUUCUCUUUCUCUGCAUCAUACAGUACUUGGCGAUGUGGUGGUAUUUCUUAUCCUAUAUUCCUUACGCGAGGGAUGCCGUCAGGUCUGGUGUUACAACAGUCCUAGCCUAG